UGGUGGGUUACGUGACGUGGUAAUGUAGGAAACGCGGGAAUGGUGGAGUGGAGACAUGACGCAGCGCGCGUGGAGGUCCGAGAUUCUGCACCCGGAACAAAACACGACGAUGUCAGCGAGGGAGAAGGAGAAGGGAUGGAGGGUGUCAGUCACUGGCGUGAACAAGUGGCAAUGAAAGACGCCGAGGGGGAGGAUAGUUCUGAAUCUGGCACGGACAUCUUCUGUGACGACGACGACGACGAUGAUGAUGAUGAUGAUGAUAGUGACCUGAAGAACGAUUCUGCCUGCGCUAGUAACGCUAUACAACUAGCCGCGCAAAAAUCAACGGAAUCUCGACCAAGUUUCGGUAAUAUAGUUGUAAACAGUUCGUCAGAUGUUCAUUUUGGUAAUAAAACGUUUUAUAACGGACCGGUAACAAUUAAACAAUUUGUGUACACGACAAAGAACGGAAGUGUAGAUGUUCACCACAGUGAAACUGGUGAUAAAGAUGGUGAUUCGCAAGUGGAUGUGUCUAGUGGAUUGCCUAAUGGCAAGGUAAAGGAUCCUACACCUGAGGAUGAAAAUGUUCCACGGGCCCCAUCUGCACACACAUUAAUUAAUGAACCUUCUCCAGAAGUGAAGGGGAGUUUGCUUCCAAUAUGGCAACCUUCCGGAAGUGAGCAAGCGUCACUUCCGGAACGCAAGGGCACAGUGGCGCACUGGAUGCACAAAGUGGUGAGGACGAGGCGAUGUAUAGCAAUAUUCGCAACGCUCAGCACAUGCGCACUGGUGCUGCUGGUGACGUUACUCGUGUUACUGCCGCACCAUGACGAGGCUAAAGGUACGUCGGUUCGACUCCCCGAGGACGGCAACAUAUCCCCAAGGUUCACUUACCAGGCAACAAACAACACAGGAAGCGGAAAGCUGAGAAUAGUCAAUCGGCGGACAUGGUUGGCGCAGCCCCCUGUCAAGGCUAGUAAUCCUCUUCACCACCCGGUCCCAUAUGUGGUGAUCCUCCACACGGCUACGGAAAACUGUUCGACUCAGGCAGAUUGUAUCUUCAUUGUGCGUCAUGUGCAGACCUUCCACAUCGAGAGCAACGGUUGGAACGACAUCGGCUACAGUUUCCUGGUGGGUGGCGACGGGAACGCAUAUGAGGGCCGCGGAUGGGACACGGAAGGCGCCUUCGCGCUUGGUUACAACAGGAAAGCUAUUGGUAUAGCCUUUAUUGGGACAUUUACAUCAGAUCUGCCGGUAUCGAAGCAGAUCCUAGCUGGAAAGCAGGUGAUUGAUCUGGGAGUGGAGUUGAAGAAGAUCGCGCCCGAUUACAAACUUUUGGCUCAUCGACAGUUGUCACCCACAGAGAGCCCUGGUCAAGCGUUUUUUGAAGUUCUGAAGACUUGGCCACACUGGGCCGAAAACCCAUAAAACCAUAAGUCAGCACUAUAUGUGCAUCCUGGCUCUUACUGACAUGACAUUUCAUUAGUGAAACGUUGUGGCAUUUUGAUUCAGAAAAUCAAAGCGUUUUCUAAGUGAUUAUGAAUAAUGGAAACAGUAAGUAUCGUCUGUGUCAAUAUUCAAGACUUGAUAUGUAUGGCCGCCCAUUUGCCUCAGCGAGUAUAAAUUUACGGCAGUCAUAGCCAUUAAACGGUCAUAUGAGCAGUUGAUCUGUAGCAUGUGGUACAGUCUGUGAGAAACAAAAAUGCAUUUGUUGAGGAAUCUAUAGAGGCAUACGUUAUUAAUAUUACACCCUGAACACUUUUAGACCUCAGUUCAGCACCUUCAGUAGAAACAUACGACUUUAGUAAAUUUUCACGAUCUCAUUAAGAAAAUGUCAACCUUUUUUAGUAUAUAUUUCAUUGCUUAUCAAUUCCUUUUCCAUGAUUUCUAUUUCUAUGCUUAAAAUUUUUAUAAAUAUAGUCAUUUUAUAAGAUAUCACUAAUAAAAUAAGUAUUAGGUUACUAUCAGAUAUCGUUUCGAGACCUUAACAUUCAUAUUUUAAAACCCUUCCUAUAACCAGUGCCAGAAAUCGUAACCGUAGGUCAGAAGGCCUGCAGGUGGUUUAAAAUGGUUUGGCAACGAAAUUGCAACAUUGAUGUGUACAAGUCACACGUAAUAUGUUUCUAAGGUUCUGUAGUGGUGCAUAGUUUCGGUUUGGCGAGUAACCUUGGAAUUAUUCCUCAAGGCCUGAAUAACACUAAUAAUAUCAAAAUAUCUGAAACCAGGAAAAUAUUUUAACAAUACUGGAAAGGUGUAGUCCAGUUUUGUGUAUAUGUGUUUUACAUAUGCGUUCUUUGCUAUUUUCCGUAUAUCAUUGGCCUUUAUGUUCGUAUACUGCAGACACAAGCUUAUUGGUAAUAAAACUGAAAAGUCUGUGACAUGGUACAUUGGUACAAAUAUUAAGUUUUUGGACAUUAUCCAUUGUCUUGUC